AUGGGUGAUGCGGAAGAACACGUGAUUGCUGCAGCCUAUCACGUGGUGAAGGCGCUUGAGGCUACUAAGAACUUGAAUUUCAGUAAUGAUGUGAGAAGACUUCUGGCAGAUCUUGAUGCUCACUUGUCCACGAUGUCCCCAGUCGGUGAGAAUGAGGUCGAGAAGACUAGAGACAUUGAGAACAGGCUCCGGUCAGCUCAGGAAAAGAUCACGGGAUUGCAUUCAAAUCACUCGAGGAUUUGGAAUUCCGGUCCCAUGAUAGUUUCAGAAUAUUUGCAGGCCGUUGAUGAGGUUCGGAGGUUGAUAGAAACUUUAGAAAGUUAUCCCUCCAAGAAAACUUGGAAACAAAAGGUCCUUUUGGAUCGAGCUCAAUGUACAUUGCAGAUUGCAAUGACAAGGCUCCACGACGAACUGGUCCAUAUUCUUGCUCAGAGUAAACAAAAUUUUGAGCAAGAAUACGUGUUGCACCCCACUUGUGAAGAAACUUCUGUUUACGAGGAAUCAAUUGUUUCGAAUGGGGGCGAUUCAGUGCAAGAGGAUCUGUCUCAGAGGGAGAGCAGCAGCACAGAAACUGAGGAAUAUGUAAUGGAUUUGGUCCAUCCAGAUGUCAUUCCUAAAAUCACGUCUAUAGCAAACAUUAUGUUUGCUUCACAUUAUGGUCAUGAAUUUUGUCAGGCUUUUGUUCGAUUCUGGAGAGAUGAAUUGGCUGAGUAUUUGACGAUUUUGAACGUGGAACAAUUCAGCGUUGAGGAUGUGCUGCAAAUGGAGUGGAAACGUUUGAACUCCAUAAUCAGGAAAUGGCGUCGAGCAAUAAAGAAUGUUGUUGGAAUCUAUCUUGCUAGUGAGAAACGCCUAUUCGACCAAGUUCUGGGAGAAUAUGAAAGUGUUAGUUCGACUAGCUUGGUUGAGGCUUCAAAGGCUUCUCUGUUAUGCCUGUUGAACUUUGGCCAUGCUGUUGCAAUUGGACCACAUCGACCAGAAUGGCUUUAUUGCUUACUCGAUAUGUAUGAGGUUUUGGCUUCUCUAAUUUCAGAUGUAGAAUCUCUGUUUCCAGAAGAGGCUGGGUGUUCCAUUAGGAUCGAAUUUCACGAUCUUUUGAGGAGACUCGGGGAUUCAGCAAAGACUAUCUUUAUGGAGUUCGGCAACCACAUUGCCUCUCGUGCUUCUAGAACACCUUACCCAAAAGGUCGUAUCCACCACCUAACCAAGUAUGUAGUGAACUACAUCCUGUGCUUUGCAGAGUAUGGUGAUACCCUCAAUUUGCUUCUUGCAGAGAAAGAUGGGGUAAAUUUGGAUAUGGGUUCUAAUGAAAACAUUGGGCAGUCGACUAUCUCUUGCCCAGUGGCUGUUCACCUGCAGUCGGUGACAUCAAUUUUAGAAGCCAACCUUGAAAUCAGCUCCAAUCUAUACAUAGAUAGUUCUUUGAAGUAUAUAUUUAUGAUGAAUAACAUCCAUUACAUGUAUGAUAAGAUCAAGAACUCCGAAGUCAGGAGAUAUUUUGGUGAUGAAUGGAUUCGUAAACAUAUUGCAAAAUUCCGGCGGCAUGCUUUGAGCUAUGAGAGAGUCACGUGGAGCUCUGUAAUUAGCUUGAUAAGGGACGAUGGGAAAACUGGAAAGGCAACUCUAAAAGAGAGAUGCCGGGAUUUCAAUAUUGCUUUUGAGGAUAUGUAUAAGAUACAGACAGCAUGGUUAGUCCCUAACGUUGAACUUCGCGAAGAGUUAAGGAUCUUAACUUCGAAGACAGUUAUUCCUGCAUACCAAAACUUUGUUGUUAACAUUACCAAUUCUAUUGGUGAAAAGUACAUUAAGUACACUGUACAUGACAUGGAAUCUUACAUCUUGGAUCUGCUUGGUGGUUCGCAGAAGUCGUUGAAACCAUCCCGGAUGAAGGAGGAUACUUGGAUGAGAGUAGAUGCAUGGACCAUAAGCUUAAGCUGGCUGCGGAAGUCUGCAGCCUGGCCUACUAUGGCACAGGUUGAGGAACGGGACCAACUGGGCCUUGGCAUGGCGGGACCGUAG